GCUCGGAUUAGGAAAGAUACUCCUAAUAAGGAGGGUCAUGUGAAGGAUAUCUUCGACAAGUGCUGACGAAUUGGCUUCGCACUUUGAGCGCGGUGGGAGCUGGUCUAUGAAUCACAAUGACGACCUGUCAUUCGAUUUGCUAGCGGGGAAGGCAAGCUUAAGGCUAUAUCGGACGGGGCUGUCAAAUCAUAAAUGUCAUCAUAGACAGAGUUAAAGUUGAGUUAAAGUUGACAACGUAACGGGUCGGCAAGCUAGAUUUUUAUAAAGUUAAAAGUGUCAUGUCAAUACGAUCUAAGAUAAAGUCACGGGGUGUUGGCCACUCUUACUUAGAUCGACAUUUCUAUCAACAUUUCUAUCGAUCUCCUCAUUACCCAUAAUCAAAGACCAAAUACGAUAUGGCGGGCAAAGUAACUCUUGCAAACACGGAUGAUAUCCCUGAUCUCAUGGAGAUGUUCUGGGAAGCCUUCAGCGGACCGGGCGAGGUUAUGUUUCCCCAUAACGAGGCAGGACGGAAGUGGCUUCAGCGAAGUUUUGAUAACUUCCUAGGUCAGAAGUCUUACUACAGACCUGAAUCAAAGGUCGCAGUCGUCAGGAAUGUUAACAGCAAGCCGGUUGCGCUCGCAAUCGCCCACAUCGUCGGUCCAGGUCAAAAUAUUACUGGCAACUCGUGGAAGACGCGAUGGUCGCGAUGCGAUGACAUACCAGGGAUGAGCGAAGAGAAACUCGCAGAAUUCUUCGAGCCUCUGGCGAAAGCCCAUCAUCUUGUCGCAGGGAAGGAAGGCCAUGUCUUUAUCGAAUUCGUCAUGACGAAGUCUAAGAGUCGAGGAAGAGGUUAUGCAUCAGCGCUUAUGGAAUGGGCAACGAAGCUAGCUGAUGACCUCGACAUUCCUUGCUAUCUCGACGCUGGGAUGCGCGGCAUGGGCAUCUGUGACCGGUGCGGUUUCAAGGCGCAAGACAUCGAGAAACGAUACGGCGGACCGCCGCCUUGCACGCCUAUGUUACGAUCGAAAAAGCAGUGACACUUUUAUGACGAAGCUAGAAUAGAUAUUGACGAUGGAUAUGAUGCGAGCCGAGGGUCGUUGUUGGAACUCGGUAACCGUCAAUUUAGAGCGCUAGAGAAACGUUACGAGCAUGUCGCGCAGUGAUUCGACACCAGGGGUUAUCAACCAUUGAUCAAGGGUUCAAUGCACCCCACAAAGAUCGCCAAUUCGAACAAUGCGGCUAAUUUGCGAGUACGAUACUCAGCAUUAAUGGUUUUGUGUAUGGACAUUUGAAGAAUAUCUCGUAUGUACGUUUACGCUUAUAUGCAACUGAUUUUAUGUGCGGUAGAGAUUUAUAUUGGUAAUGGCAUUCGAUGAUUUAACGAUGUAUGUGUUUUUUUCUCCAUUGUGGUGAUUUGUUACCGCAGCCUGAUUACCAACAGAAUGGAAGAAAAAAAAGAUGUCAAGGUCUAAACUGUCUCUGUAUCACACACCCACGGCGGAGAAUACGACCU